CUUUCUCUCCCUUGCCUGUCGUGCAGAGAGAUUAUGGAGCUACCUUAAAUAAGCACUGGCUAGGACUCUUAUCUUGGCCUUUGCAAACUAGCAGAAAGUUGAAGUGAUGACAGCAGAUAAGGGUGUUCGCUUUUGAAGCUUAUUGGCUGGUUCUCUGAACUUUUUUUCCCCCUGAGAGCCAGUCAUUCAAAGGUACAGCUGGCAUAGCCCGAUUGCUCUGUCCCGCGGAGACCAUGGAGCGGACACAAGGGACCGGGGUCUAGCAGGGCAGAUCUUGUGUCACCAGCCGGCUCAGCCGUGUCACCUGCCCGGGGAUGAGACCUGCGUAAUACCGUCAGCUGAGAGAAACGGGGGCUCCUGCUUUCCUUGACCUUUCUUCACCUUGGAGAAGUGCAGAAUGGAUCGUGGUUGGUAACUCCCCACCUCCUCGGCCUCGGGACAGUGAGGAAAGUUCAGCAGUGCUCGUGGUGGGAGCAAGGGAGCUGGGCUGGUUUGCAGCAGGCUUACACAUUAAACCAUCGUAUCAAACGCGCGCCGCGCUCUGACAAGAAGUGUAACCCGAGGAGAAAGGACACCAGUGUGUUUGAGCACGCUGAGGGAUUCUUGUAUGACCUGUCACUCUUUCAGUGCUGUAGCCUAAGCAGGUCUUACUGGUUUUUACUGAAGUGGUGGGAGCUGAAUGGGGUGUGGGCUCGUUUCUAUUCGUCCACAGGCAUCUCUACAAUCUUCUCUUCUCUUUUUUAAUUCCCCCCUGAAUAUAAAUCAGAGAAAUUGUGUCCAUCGAGUUUGCUGCCACCUGGGCUCAACCCAGCUGAACCAAUUUUGGAGGAUACCAUUACUGCAAUCGUCUGGACGGGCUCCUAGGAGGAGAAGAAACUAAAGGAAUUUGGCAUCGUUGCUGUAGUUUGAGGAAAAACAUUCCUUCUGACUUUGGAGAGAGCUGCAAGGAGAAUCUGUGUGAUGUCUUGAUCUCCCUCCAUUUUCCUGCUGAGCAUGGGGUAGCAGUGUGUGACCAUGGUGGUCACCCAGUUACAGCUGGAACUGUGCUUCCACGGCAAGAAGCUGAGAGGUUUCACCUGCAAGUUGACCAGGUCAGCCAGUGGAUUUCUCCCAGAGACUUCAUUCUCCAUUGCCUCCCAGAUUUUUGUGCCGUUCCUUCUGGCUGGCUUGGGAAUGGUAGCUGCGGGCCUCUUGAUGGAUGUUGUUCAACACUGGGAUGUGUUUCGGACAAUUACCGAAGUGUUUAUCCUGGUUCCUGCCUUGGUUGGCCUGAAGGGUAAUCUGGAGAUGACACUGGCAUCCAGGCUCUCCACUGCUGCUAACACUGGACAGAUGGAUGAUGCCCAGAAGCAGUGGAAAAUGGCCACCUGCAAUUUAGCCCUUAUCCAGGUCCAGGCCACUGUGGUGGGACUUCUGGCUGCUGUUGCUGCUGUGAUCCUGGGAGCCAUCUCCAAGGGCUCUGUGGAGCUGAGCCAGGCUGCUGUGCUGUGCGCCAGCAGCGUGACCACGGCCUUCAUAGCUGCACUUUCCCUUGGUCUGGUGAUGAUUGGUGUGAUCAUCGGAGCCAGGAAAGUUGGGAUCAAUCCAGACAAUGUCGCCACACCCAUAGCAGCAAGCCUUGGAGAUUUGAUAACCCUUUCCCUCCUUGCAGGAAUCAGCAGUACACUCUUCAAAUACAUAGAUGUGAAGUACCUUUCUCCUCUGAUCUGUGCUGUCUUCAUUAUCAUGAUCCCUCUCUGGGUUGCUAUUGCCAAGCAAAGUCCUUCCCUGGCCGAAGUCCUGAAAUCGGGAUGGCAGCCGGUUAUUGUUGCCAUGAGCAUCAGCAGCAUUGGCGGGCUCAUCCUGGACAAAACUGUAACUGACCCAAAAUUUGAAGGCAUGGCAGUUUUCACACCUGUGAUUAAUGGUGUUGGAGGGAAUCUGGUUGCCAUCCAAGCCAGCCGAAUUUCUACAUUCCUGCACUUCUGGAGCAUGCCUGGAGUUUUGCCAUACAAGAUGAGGCAGAAUUGGCCCAACCCAUGCACCACAUUCUUCUCAUCAGGGGUGAAUUCCAAGUCAGCUCGGGUCCUGUUCCUCCUGGUUAUCCCAGGGCACCUCGUGUUCCUCUACACCAUCCAUCUGCUGCAGGGGGGCCACACAUCCCUGUCCUUCACCUUUGUGAUGUUCUAUCUGGCUGCUGCUUUGCUGCAGGUGGGGAUCCUGCUCUACGUGGCUGACCUGAUUGUGCGCCUGAUGUGGAGGAAGGCUCUGGACCCAGAUAAUUUCUCCAUCCCCUACCUCACUGCCCUGGGUGAUCUCCUGGGUACUGGAUUCCUGGCCAUCUGCUUCCGCCUCGUUUGGCUCAUCCACGGCACAGAAAUGAACCUGGGGAACUGAGAGUCCCUGUGCUGCUCUCAUCCCUCGUGCGACACGGUGCUUUCCUCUGAGACACCGGGAACCUGGUGAUCAGCGUUGGGUGACCCGGCUGGGCCUCCCCUGCCACCCUGCCACCCCACCUGCCCUCCCUAUCGUGCCUUAAAGCCAGGCUCACCCUCCCCAAGGACUCAGCACCCACAAACCUGUGUCCUUGCAAGUGAGCAAGACGGUUUUAAGAAGCACCCGCUGCUCACACCUGGACCUGGCAAACAAGGCAGGAAGGAGCAUUUGGGCCAUGGCCUCUAUCCCCAGCCCUGACACAGCCCUGAGGCUGCUCCAAAGCCUGCUGAGGUCACUGCGUCUGAUCCUGCAAGGGGAUGUUGCAGCCCCUCCAUCAGCCUCUGACUUUCCAUCGAGGAAAAUCCUUUAUUCAGCCCACUUUUCUCCUGCUGAAUCCCUGGAGUAGCAGGGCAACCAGGUCUUUAAACUUGUCUCCUCUCCUUCGCUCAGAGGCUCAGGAUCUGAGGCAGUGAGUUGCUGGCUCGUGCCCAGUGGAAGGUUAUCUAGGGAUACUGCCUACCUGCCCUGACAGCAUUGCUGGUGUCUGACCAAAAAGCUGGUUAGAUUGCAUUUUGGGGGCAGGAAGGUUUGUUUUUAUGGUUUAUGAAAUGUCCAGUAGUUAAAAUGUUUAUAGAAACACAUAAAUAAAGUGGGAUUAAAAAAAAAAAAAA